AUGAAUAAACGUUCACAUCAGAAAGAGAAGAGCAAUGUGUGUGUGAAGAAAGAGGGGAAGAUCGAUGGACGGCAGAUCAGUGUAAUAGAGCUUCCAGCUCUCUCUCGUCUCUCAGAGGAGGACGUGAUGCGGGAGACUCUCCACGAUCCAGAGGGUGUGAAGCUGAAUCUGGUUGUGUGUGGGAGUAACAGAGAAUUAAAAUCCUUCACAUCAAACCUGAUCCUGAAGCAGAGCGAGAGCAGAUCCGAGCUGAGCUCCGAGUGUGUGAGGAGAGACGUGGAGCUUGAUGGACGUCUGAUCAGUCUGCUGGAGCUUCCAGCUCUGUUCAACACUCAGCUCCCAGAGGAGGACGUGAUGCAUCAGACUCACCGCUGUGUGUCUCUCUGUCAUCCUGGAGUUCAUGCUUUCAUCCUCAUCAUUCCUGAUGCUCCACUCAAUAAUGAAGACAGAGCAGAAAUAGAGGAGAUCCAGAGGAUCUUCAGCUCAAGAGUCAACAAACACAUCAUGAUCCUCAUAAAGCAGAAUCCAGAGCAUCAGACAGCAGAACUCAAUGAAGAAACACAGUCUGUCAUUAAGAGUUUUGGAGGACGACAUCAUUUCAUCGGCCUGAACACACGAGUGUCUGAGCUGAUGGAGAAACUGGAGCAGAUGGUUGAGGAAAAUAGUGGUGUUUGUUUCUCCACAGAGACACUGAUGGAGGCACAGAUGGAGAAACUGCAGAAAUUUGAAGAAAUGAAGAAGAGAGUCCAUUCAUUAGAGACGUGGUUUCAGUCACAAGAUUCAAGAGACAGAGAAGAUGAACUAAGGAUUGUUCUGCUGGGAAAAACUGGAGCUGGGAAGAGUUCAACUGGAAACACCAUCUUAGGAAGAGAAGCAUUUAUAUCAGACAUUUCUGAAGAGUCUGUAACUAAAAAGUGUCAAAAAGAGACAGAUGAAAUCAACAGCAGACACAUCACUGUGAUCGACACUCCAGGACUGUUUGAUACUGAACUCAGUAAUGAAGAAACCCAGAGAGAAAUCAGAAACUGCAUCCCAAUGAUUCUGCCUGGACCACAUGUGUUUCUCUUACUGAUUCCACUGGGACGAUUCACUCAAGAAGAACAAACAGCAGUGAAGAUCAUCCAAGAAUCUUUUGGAGAAAACUCUUUAAAGUACACCAUAGUGCUAUUUACCAAUGGAGACAAACUGAAGAACAAAACCAUUGAUCAGUGUUUGGGAAAACCUGGAUCUGCUUUAAAUGAACUGAUUGAAGUGUGUGGAAACAGAUUCCAUGUGUUCAAUAAUGAGACUGGAGACCGAACACAGGUGACUGAUCUACUGCAGAAGAUAGACAACAUGGUGAAAACAAAUGGAGGGAGUUACUACUCAUGUAAGAUGUUCAGAGAGAUGGAAAGAGAAAUACAAGAACAACAGAUGAAGAUCCUGAUGGAGAGAGUGGAGCAAGUGAACAGAGAAAAAGAAGAACUGAUGAACAAACAUAAAGAAGAGAAAAAGAGGAUGAAGAUGAAGAUGGAGGAAGAACGACAGAAUCAUGAGAUAGAGAGAAAAAGAAUAGAAGACGAAUUUAUUGAGAGAAAAGAGCGAUAUAGAAGAGACAUUAAAGACAUCGAGGAGCAAGAGAGAAAGAUACGAGAGGAGCUGAACAAAGAACGAGAGGAAUGGGAGAAACAGAAACAACAGGAACAACAAAGAAGAGAAGAAGAGGUGGAGAAAUGUAGAAAGAGAGAACAGGAAAUGUGGGAUGAAUAUAAUCAGAGACUUAAACAAGAGGAAGAGAGAAGUCAGAGAGAGAGAGAACAACUUCAGUUCAAACAUGAAGAAGAGAUGAAGAGAAUAAAGAUGAUGAUGGAGGAAGAAAGACAGAUGCAUGAUCAACUGAGAAAGAGAAGAGAAGAAGAGGAUGAGAGAAGGAGAAAGAUAGAAAAGCAAACAUGGGAUGAAUAUUAUGAGAAACUAAAACGAGAAAGAGAAAGAAGACUGAGAGAGAGAGAAGAACUUCAGUUCAAACAUGAAGAAGCAAAUAAGAGAAUGAAGGUGAUGAUGGAGGAAGAAAGACAGAAGCGUGACAAAGAGAGAAAGAGAAGAGAAGAAGAAUUUAGAGAGAGAGAAGGACAAUAUGAAAGAGACAUUAAAGACAUUGAGGAACAAGAGAGAAAGAUACGAGAGAAACUGAAGAGAGAACGAGAGGAAUGGGAGAAACAGAAUCAAUGGGGGAAGAAGAAACAACCAACAAUGGGAGAAGAAGAAACACCCAACUUUAAUCAUCCUAAUAUGUUCACAGAGAAUGGGAAAAACUACAAAAAGAAGAAAAACUUCACGUCUAUGACCUUGCCUUUGUUCAAUAAUGCACGGAAACACAACACCAGUACAACAGUAAUCCGUUCACUGAGACCUCAAGGUCCUGCUCCUGUCUGA